UACUUUUCCUUGUUCGAAGUAGAAUGAAGUGUGGUCCGUUAUUCUAUGAUAGACGUUUGAACAUUAAUACCUUUAAAUUUAACAGGUAAAAUUUGGUAUUGAAGUUUAAAUUUUAGUUCGAUAUUUAAAUUGAGAACACUCACACGUAAAGCAUAGAGAAGGGUAUAUUUUCCAUUCAAAGGAUCGAAAUGAAAUAAUAUGAAAAACAAAAAAAAUUGGAAACUUGAGAAAAGUAUAUCUUAUUUGUAAAAGAUUGUUGCUUGGGAAUUAUUAGUAAUAUAUAUCUAAUAUCAAAACAGGAUAACAUAGGCUUGAAUAAAACUAGAGAGAUUCACAUAAUUCCGGAACAGUAUUUGGUGUUGAUUACAUAGAUUUUCAAGGAUAGAAGUGUGAAAUUAACAUAUUGUGAUAAGUAUUGUGAUAUUGACAACAUUCAUUAUUAAGAUCAUUCAUAAAAUGCCACCUGGACAGGUGUAUCCAUCUUUGUUUUAAUUAUCAAUAUCAUAACUAAUUUACAUGAUAUCGUCUGUCGAAUAAUGUCACAAUACUAUCUACCUGCUGUAGAGCUGUAGAAUCGAUCAAUGACUUUGAUUGUUGUCAAUUUCAUCAACUCAGCACAUUAAUUAACUCCUGUGAGAGUAUCCAGUUGAGAAGUAUAGCGACAAUUUGUAUUAAAAUGGGAUGUAUUAUUUAAUUUACAUGGUUGUGCUAUGGAAGAAUACGUCAAGAGGAAUUACGAGAAAAGAAAAUCAGGAACUGCUCAUAGCAAGUUCCCAGUCUGGGAUUAUAGAUCACGUCGAGGAAGCUUAUCGGCGUCUGCAUCAAACUCUUCAAAUGACGGCAGCAGCAUAUCCUCUAUUAGCUCAAUGCGUUCAGAGACUGAGGCAGAAAGUGUUAGUUUGUCAGGAACCUCAGAUACAGAUUCCAUAAUGCUCAGUGAUCCGUAUCGUCUGACAAUCCACUGUCUCACAGACUCUCACGAGAUUUAUCCAAUGAUGGACAUAUAUCAACCGGUUAUUGAUUGGAUUGACCCAGAUCUCCAUGUGGUCAAAGUAGCGGAAAUGACAGAUACAAACGGAAACACUGAAAAUCAUUUAGAUGUUUAUACAUCACAUAUACCAAGCAUUUCUAUAAUGGUAUUUUUACACGAAGAAGGAAUGCUAGGUUGUGAACGUAUUCAAGGUGCAAAACGACAUUUUGAAAGGUCGCCUUGGAAAUUUCAUCAUUCAGAACAAGUUGCGCGGGGAAGGGUUAACCCUUACCCAUAUAAUAGUCAGGACUUUUAUUAUACAUCAGAAGAUCUACCUCUAUGGGCUGUCAGACAAGUGCAUUAUGGGAAAGAACAUAUACGAAUGGUUGUGUUCACUAGUGAAAAUAAUUGGAACGAUAUGGUGCGAUUUUAUAAAUUAAUAAUUGGAUCAGAACCAGAUUUGCAUCGAAACGAUUUCUGUUUGUUCACAGUUCAUACUCACAUUCAUUAUGACAUCCAAUUUGCAUUAAAGAAAUUAGGAGGUGAAACUAAACCACGACCUCCAUCUUGUGUGAAAUUGCAGUUCCGAGUACCGGAAGUAGGACAUAUUGUGCCGUUGUUUCCAAAUGUGUGUAAACCAUUAUCAGAUACUCGAUGGGAAACAAUGGACCAUGAUGGAAACACAAUUAUAUUAGAAGUGACUGGUUGUCCGACACCUGUGCUAGAAAAAUCGUUGGACAUUAACAGGAAACGUUCGGAUAGCUCGGACAAUUCCAGAAAAUCCUCAAAUUCAGAUAAGUCUGACACGUCAGACAAAACAGUUCACUUAUCGGGUUUUUAUGUAUGACAAAGCAUAUUUAUCCUAAACAAUUGCCAAUAAUUUCGUCACCUCAAAGAAUCAAAUUUUGUUUGCACCCAUUUUCAUCACUCUAUGUCAUUAAGUAUUCCAUCUGAUCAAAUUGUACCAAAGUCAAGAAAAUAAGAUACUGCAUUUAAAUUACCUACUUAACCCAAACUGCACAAUAAAUCACAAAAGAUUCUAAAAUACCCGAACUUCAUUUCCCAAUACAAUUAUUUAUGUGAACUUUAAUUAAACAUAUUGUUUUUUUAAACCACAACAGUCAGCUGAUGAACAAACUAUUGACACAGUAUAUUUAUAUUUUAUAAUGUACAUUAUCAUUUGUUGCCAUACAAUAUGCAAAGUACGAACAAUCAAUCAGUUGUAUGCUUAGGAACUGAAAUUACAUCUCAUUUAGUCUCUAAAACAGCAGAUAAAAUCAAAUUUUCCCAGUUUAAAAAACAUCACAAAGACUAUCAUAUAAUUGGCACCAACACCAAAUUCUCUUAUGGACAAAAACAUUGUUUCCUGUCGAUAGAUAAAUAAAAGGAGAUGCGGAUUAAAUUGUCAAUGAGACAAAACAGCUUCCUCGGCUCAAUAAACAUGGUAUCUUUCUCGUGUUCGAAGAAAAAUUAUACUUCUUCGAAAAUUCAGAAGAAAAGUUAAACAUAUGACGGCAUAGUUAAUUGAAGUUUUGUUUUCCACAUAACUUGGAAUGUUUCUUACUUUAUUUCGGUACUUGUGGAAGUGUCAACAUUGCAAAUGUAACUAUACUUUCUCAAUUUCUUACUGAGCAUGCAUUUCUGCAUACACAUCAGUUACUAUACAUUAAGGUACUCUUGCAUUCCAACUCAUUUAAUGUUAUUAAGUUUUCUAGUAUUGUUGUAUACAUGACUACAAAAAAUGAAAUGAUAUAGUAUAUAUGCGAAAAUAUGAUUCCAAAGUCAAAAGUGAUUUUGAAAAAUUAUUUUAUUGUAAAAACGAUAGAAUAACUCUAGGUUUCUAACCUAUCAUGAAGACGGUAAUACAGGUUUAUAUAUAUUGCACGAAAAUUAUCAUAGAUAUAUCUUUGUCUAAUAUUCUUAUAGACCUCAUCCGUUUUGGAUUGAGCAAUUUAAUUACUCAUAAUAUGUUUGCAUUUAAUCAAAUUUACUGCCAAGGACAUAUUCAUCUUUGUUAUAUACUGAAGAACUGUAAAGAGCAACAUGGAAUUCGGAACUUGUAAUACGUAUACCAUAUUUUUAACUACUAUUUGUUUUAAUAUUUGUGCCUGUCUGAAACGAUCGGUCACAUUCUUUUAGUCAAACCAAUAUGAAGACUUGUUCCAGUAUAUGAAUAAGAAAUUAAAUUUUCGAAAUGUUAAAUGAAACGAUUUGAAAAAAAAAAUGUGAAUAAAAUCAUUGAGAAUACCUAAAAUAUCACAAACUUUUGAAAAUUUUAUUCAUUUCCUUCACAUUUGGAGUAGAUUUAAGUUCUCAUAAUUCUGCUAAGUUGGUAUUUAUAUGUAAAUAGCGAAUUGCUAGAGAACAGAAAUGUCUAGAAACUUAUGAUAAAAUGAUCGACUUUUGAAUGGCUGAUAGUUGAACAAAAUUUUCAAACAUGAGAAAAAAGUAUUAGAAAAGUUUUAUUGUUAUAUGUAUCACUAUUGAAAAGUAUAUGACGUGUUGCAUUGUUUUUAAGAUUUUUCAAUAUACUUUUUGCAUUGAUGAUUUAUACAUCAGUAUACUAUGUCAAUUCGUGUGAAAUUCUGUUCCCUUAAGACAGAUGCAAAGAGCCUAAGAUAUUACCUGAUUUUCAAUUGUUCCAAUAUAUUAUUAUUAGCUAAAGUAUAAAUACAUUAUGAAUACAUGAAAACACUGAUUUUCUUUGAAAAGACAAAUUUUUCGAACUUUUACCCCAGAAAGGCAGCAUUCUAGUAAACGUUUCGUAGACUGUAAGCUUUCAUUUAAAGCAAACUUGACUAAUUUAUUCCAAAUCGGGAUUAGAGAAUACCAUUGCAUUUACUAGUGCUACGGAACUGUUUUGUAAGAAUAUAAAACGUUGUUACAACAUUGUAUUUAUUAUAUAAUGACAAUUGUAUUUAUUAUAAAGAAUAAAAUAUAUUUAUAAAGUA